AAUGCUCCUGAAAAAACAUCUCCGAAAUGUCAAAUCAUACCAUGUAUUUUUCGACCACCGUUCGAUAUUCAUUAUUUAUGUUUAUAUUUAGUUCAGUGAUGUGUGUUUUUGCUCGAAACACUCAGGGCACCGUCACGAACGAAAAAUAUCAGAAAAAAGAAUUGAAUUUGUGGGAUUUGGCUGUGCAACGACGAAAAUUACAACUUCAAGGUGUAGCUCCAAUAGUCGUGCUUGAAAAUGGAAAACUCGUUCGAAAGUAUGUUAAUCGAAAUUCUCCGAAAUAUGAACCGAUUAAUACAACUUCACAUUCAGGAGAUCGUACAGUGAAACCCAUAGUGAGACACGAAAAUAUAUCAAGAAAAAAGGAAAUAUCAAACCGACGCCGUGGAAAAAGCAUGCGAUUCAAUGAGUCAGAUGAUGAGAAACAGUUCCCAAUGAUCGACAAUAGAAUGCUAAAUGAUAAUAUUGAUACUGCGCAAAGACCAAACCGAAAAUCUCUCAUUUCAGUUGAGAAUUUGACGCAUAAGAUCGAUAGAGUAAUGGUUUACACCUCAUCAACGAUGAAACCAUUGACAUAUUUUGGUAUGACGACGUUGCGUAGUACAACUGAACAUUUCGCAAGCAUUCAAACCGUCUCAGAAGUAUUGAAAUCAAGUCAAGAAACAACAGCCCAAACCAUCAAAUUUACCACUACAAUCCCACAAACAACUACAUCUCCUUUAGAGGAAAUAAAUAACAUCGACCAAUUACCAAAGAUCGACACUGAGUCUACGACUGAAAGUGUUGACAAAUUGAAUUAUACAAACAUGGCGUUUAAGUAUGAAAUGACAGAAAAACUUCCAAUUGCAACGACUGAAUUUGAAACAAUAAACAUACUACCAACGUCAAUGCCGGACAUAGAGACGGCUGAAGUAGACAAAAUGUCAUCAGUCACCAUGAAAAAUAUUGAGCAAGACUUUACAGGUACGCUAAGAACGGAACCAACCACUGAAAACUUAAUCAAUAUACCUAAUGACCUCGAGAACCUAUUUCGGUCUGAGAUUAUAUCAACAAUUGAACCAGUUACAACCGCAUUUCCAGCCACAUCCAGUGCAACAGAUGAGAUGAUCGAGUUAUUGAGAACAACAACCGCUCGAAUUGGUUUAUCGGAAGAGAAAAACGACAUCAAUCCAAUGGAUUAUCUUGCUGAUGUCGUAUCGAUUCCAUUUACAAAUGUGCCAACCACGGCGGCACCAUCAAGCACAACAGGUGAAAUGAUCGAGCCAUUGAGAGAAACAAAUGUUCCAAUUACAACAGUGAAAUCGAGUAACGAUAUCAAUUCAAUGGAUUAUAUAACUGCUUCGGUUCCUUUUACAAAUGUUCCAACCGCGACCGCAUCAUAUAGUACAAUAGAGGAAAUUAUCUCUACAAUGCACGAUAUCGAUUCAAUAGAUUUUGUUGAUGCUGCUGCGGUUUCGGCUUCUGUUAGAAAUGUAGUGCCAUCCACAUUUUUGACCAUAUUCAUUGAAAUAUUAUAUUUUGUGCCGAUGCAAAUAUUGUUGAGCAUGAAGAUAAGUAUAAAAUGGAUGAAUUGGCAUUAG